AUGGAGGAAGUAUUACAACGAGCAGCAGCAUUAGGAGCAGAAGGGACACCGCUGGACUUGGCGCAGUAUGGCAACUGGCAACCGAUGAUCCAUGCUCAUGAACCUAUAGAUCAAGACAGACUCUCCCUCCUCCUGCAAACCCUUCAGUUCCAUACCCUCAGUCUUGAGCGGUGUCCGGCGAACCAGAGGGAUCCUGUGAAUUUUCUUCGUAUACCCCAAACCCUUUUUCAAUUUGAUUUAAGGGUUUUGCCUAAUGUUAAUGAUUUAUUUAUUUUUAAUUUAAUUAAUAAAACAGAUAAAAGUGAUGGAGAGGAGAGGGAGCUCCGCCUUCGCAUCCCAAAGGAGGCAAGAAUCGCGGAGAGCCAGCGGGGUCUGCUGCUAGCCAAGGAGGGUUUGAAGAGCCCAGCAGAAAGCGGCCAUUCAAUACUUUCCAUCCACCAGAGAAGCGGCACGAACCCUCGCCAGCCCCUGAGACUAAAGGCGAGUAUAGGUCCUGGCAACCAAGAAGAAAUUGCAGCAGCAGCAGCAGCAGCAAAGUGCAGCAGCACCAGCAGUCUCGGCACACUACAGCAGCAGCACAAACACGAAAAUAGCUUCCGCGGCAGCAGCAGCAGCAGCAAAAGCAGCAGCACAAGAACAAACCAGGCUGUACAGCAACACCAGAAGCAGCACCACCCCUACCCCCACCCCCAGCAGCAGCAGCAGCAGCAGCAGCAGCAGCAGCAGCAGCAGCAGACUGUACCUCUUUUAUGUUGA